AUGGAGCAUCUGUUUGGUGAGGACCUGCGGUCGCCGUGGCUGGCCGGGACGACGUGCGUGGGGAGGGCGUCGACGGCGCCGGCGUUGGGACAAAGGAGUAAAAAUGAGCAAAUCUUCGGUACAGCAGCAAAUCCAGUCUCACUUGUCAACACCCGGUUCCAUUUCCCGAGCUUGGCGCAGUGCAGUGGUGCGCGCGCGCUUGCGCUACUAGUGCGGUUGCAAUGCAACACGAAUGCCGCGAAAAGACCCAACACGACACGAGAACCCAAAAGCCGCGGGAACCGAGGGAGCGGACGAGCGGUGCGCGCUCUCGCUUCCCAACAGCGCACAGCGGAGCGCUGUACCGCCCCCAGGCGACGCAGCCGCAGCGCGGCCAGGUCCAGAGCUGCUGCCUUUGAGAGCUCGGCUUCUCGUGGGGUGGAAGAGUGGGCGGCGAUGGCGGCGGCGGCGGGGGAGCUGGGGUGGGUGGCGGAGGUGGCGGCGGAGGAGCUGGCGAAGCUGGAGGCGUCGCACCCGGGGCGCUUCGGCCCGCUCAAGGCCGAGCUCAAGCGCCUCAUCGCCGACCCCGCCUGGGACGCCGCCGCGCCGCUCGUCUCGCCGGACGGCGCCGCCACCACCACCUGCUCGUCCACCUCGUCCCAAUACUCCCAGCCCGCGCCCGUUCUUCACCUCGUCUCCACCCAAGAGUCGUCGAGCCGGAAGAGGAGCUGGGGCUGCAACGGCCACGGCGAGCAGGAGGAGGGGAAGCGGCGGCGGAUGGCCACCGCGGCGGCGGCGCCGGCGGGGAAGGACAGGGCGGAGAUGGCCAUGGAGCGCGCGGAGAGGUGCCUCAGGAGGAUUCGCGCCUUCAAGGCCAGCUUGCUGGGCUUCUCCGAUUAAACGAAGCAAAAAAUAAUUAAAAAAAUUAGAAAAAAACUGAGAAAAUAGAGAUGGAAAGAAAAAUACUGGAGACGAUGACGUAGCCACGUUGUUGGCUGUGGAAAAAAAAAAGAGAUGGCUUUAUGGAUUUGCCUUUUGGUUGUAUAUUGUUUGCCUUUGGCAACGAGAUUAAAAGUGGUGCUUUGCCAAUGUUUUUGAUUAAAAAAAAGUAGCAUAUAAGCCGCAAUGGUUUAUUAGUUACGAGAAAUCGAGUA